CAUAGGUUUGCAAGUAAUUGAAUAGGAGUGGACUUAUAUUAGGGUAUUGGGAAAGUUAAGUUGAUUAAGAAAUCCCAAUUGAGCUCGAGUUUGAAGGUAAUCGAGAAACUGAGAUCUAGAAGAAAUUGAGAUCUAGAAGAAAUUGAGAUCGAGAAAUGGCGCAAUACACGCAGCAGUUCCUGAACAGCGUGCUGUCGCAGCGGGGGCCGGCGGCGCUUCCCUAUGCCGAGGACAUGAAGUGGCACAUCCGGCAGCACCUGAUGCACCUCGUGGAGGCUUACCCCUCUCUGCAGCCCAAGACCGCCGUCUUCACCCACAACGACGGCCGCGCCGUCAACCUCCUCCAGGCCGACGGCACCGUCCCCAUGUCCUUCCAGGGCGUCACCUACAACAUCCCCGUCCUCAUCUGGCUCAUGGAGUCCUACCCCCGCCACGCCCCCCUCGUCUUCGUCAAUCCCACCCGCGACAUGAUCAUCAAGCGCCCCCACCCCUUCGUCUCCCCCAACGGCGUCGUUUCCAUCCCCUACCUCCACUCCUGGCUCUUCCCCUCCUCCAAUUUGCUCGAAUUGACCCGCAAUCUCGCCCACUUCUUCGCCCGCGAUCCCCCCCUUUAUUCCCAGCGCAAGCCUUCUAACCCUAACCCUAACCCUACCCCUACCCCUACCCCUUCCCCUAAUUUAAAUCCCGCCUAUGCCUCCGUCAAUUCCUCCCCGGCGAUUCCUCCCAGGGAAUAUUCUCCCUCUCCAACACCUCCGCCGCCCUACGGGAGCGGCAGGAUGGAGGAUCCCGCGGAGGUGUAUAAGAAAAACGCGAUCAACAAACUCGUUGCCGAUUUGAAUGGCGAUAUUAGGGAGAUGAGGAAGGGGAGCGAGGGGCAGAUGGAAGGUGCAUUCGGCGCUCAGGCGGUGCUGCGGCGCCGCGAGGAGGAGCUGAGGAAAGGGGUUAAGGAGAUGCAGGAUGAGAAAGAGGCGUUGGAGCAGCAGCUGCAGAUGGUUUUGAUGAAUACGGAUGUUCUCGAGGGAUGGUUGAGGGAUAACCAAGGGAAAUUGGAUGGGAAUAAGGCUGACCAUGUCGAUUUGGAUGAGGCCUUCGAGCCAUGUGAUGUAUUGUCGAAGCAGAUGUUGGACUGCACAGCCUCGGAUAUGGCGGUGGAGGAUACUAUAUAUGCGUUGGAUAAGGCCGUGCAGGAAGGGGCUAUUCCGUUUGAUCAGUACUUGAGGAGUGUGAGGCUUUUAUCUCGUGAGCAGUUCUUUCAUCGCGCCACAGCUACCAAGGUCAGAGCUGUCCAAAUGCAGGCUCAGGUUGCUAGUAUGGCUUCAAGGUCGUUGCCGCAAAAUGCUUUCUCAUGAGCUUAGUUCAGGGUUGCUUGUAGUCUUGUGUGUGCCUUUGUCGAGGCCCGGGGGUUCUGAUUUUGCGGCACAUGAUGAGAUUGAAUUGUUAUUGUUCAGAAGUUUUGGUGUUGGUGAUGAUAUAUGCUUAUGAGUUGUUAGUCUUGAUCCUUAGUUCAGUUCUAAUGAGAUGAUAUACUUGUGUGUUUACGGUGUAAAACACGAAUUUGCUUGUGUUGUUAAUGUACAAUCAUAAAGCGAUAUGUUGAAGCUCUUUUGUUCA